UGCUGAUAAUUGCCCCCUUGCCCCCUCCCCCCUUCGACAACCACUGACACAUAUCCUUGAGAGAAAGACUGAAGAGCACAUAACCAUCAAGAGACUUAAAACAUGCCUGCCACUCCUGGUUCAGCAUCCAAACAACGAACGACGAAGAGCGGACUGGACUCAUUCGCAAGGGAAGAACUCAUGGCCAGCCUAUCACUAACCACUAACAACCCAGAAGGAGUACAACCACCACCACAAGCAACCACAUCCCCAGGACGGACCAGCAAACUAUCACUCAGCCAACUCCCAUACGAAAUUAAACAGUGGAUCGUUUAUUGGCUCAACCUGCUCGAGGAACUCGAAGAACCAUUCGACUCGGACGAUAGCGAUGUAGAGGAAGUCGACGACGACGAAUUCACCGACAAACCCACCUCUAGAAAAUCCCCUCAGAAAAUACUCACUCGCUCCCAGGCCGAUAAUCAUCCUCCUCCUCCAGUAUUAUCCUCUCCUCCUCCCCCGGAAUCUGCCCUCAAAUCUUCUGCUACUCGGCUUAAUUCUAUCCUCGCCCUCUCGCUCGUCGAUCGAACGUUCUAUGAAAUCUGUAGACCUUUUAUUUGGCAGACGAUAGAUUUGGAAGAUUAUGAUUUGAGCAAGUUGCGAGAAUUACGGACGGAAUUCUUACCACGACAUGCGGAAUGUGUGCGACGGAUAUGGUGGCGGGUGUCGCUUACGGAGCUAGACACGUACGAGCCGGAGGGGUGGAUGAGUGCGAGCGAGUCGGAGGAGGGGAGUGGACGGAGGACGGAGUGGAGUGAGGCGGGACGGUCGACGGAGCUGCUGGGGAUCCUGCAGAUGUGCACGAAGACGACAAGCUUGGACGUCGAUCUGCGGCCGGCAGAGCUGGAUGAGCACCAAGAAUUCAUCGUCUUGCCCCGGGAGCCGACGGCCAAGUUCCUCGCGCCGAUCGCCCAGAUGAGCCAGCUCACCUCGAUCGCCCUCACCGCACCGGCAAACGGACUCCCGUUCAGCGAGGCCUUCCUCGUCCGUCUGAUCAGAGACAUGGCCGGUCUCCAGAGCUUCACCUGUUGCUCGAUCGACGCCCAGGCACCCGACUUCGAACACUCCCAGUCGAUCACCACCUGUGAAUCCCCACUGGCACUCCAUCUCUCCAAGCUCGGCUCACUGAAAGAAAUCGACUUGGACCAGGCGGACUGUUUCGAUUUGAGCUGGAGCACGAUCGAGUGGGCCGGCAGCCUGGAAAACCUGGCCUUGGACGACUGUUGUCGCGCCUCGCUCAACGCUAUUCAUGCCUUCUCGAGCAAGUUCUCCCGGACGCUCUUCAGUCUCGAACUAAGUGAUGUACCGUUUGACGAGGAAGUGUUUGAAGGCGGGCCGCCGACACGGACGAUUGCCGAGCUAGAGACGGGGCUAUACAAGUUCAGUCUUCCCGAGCUGACGACGCUCUCGAUUUCCAACGAGCUUCCGAUCGGCUUCCUGGAAACGUUUGAGGAGUGCAAGAAGAUCAAGCUGAUCGAGCUGGCCAUCAACCCCUCGAUCUCCGCCUCGGACAUCGAGCGGCUCGUCAACCCCGACUCGUGGCCCCAGCUCGAGAAGGUCAUCAUCGCUACCGCCGACGCCGAGCUCUCCGACGGACAGAUCGAGGCCCUCGAACUCUUCUUCCUUAGUAAAGGCGUCCAGCUCGAAAUCGACUCCGAUUCUGAUGACGAGAACGACGACGAUGACGAUGAUGAUGAUGACGAUGAUGAUGACGAACAGAUCGGUUACGCAUUCGAGGAUGAGAUCGAAGAUAUGCAGAAUGAAUGGAUGGAGGAUGAUGAUGACGAGUUUUGAUUUUCCUUUCUUUUGGCAUACAUCCUCUCUCUCUCUUAUAUGGUUAUUGUUAUAUACUUGGAUAUUCAUCUUUUUGGAAGUCUUGUCUCCUUGUUUUUUUUUUUUUUUUGUCUUUGACAGUUUUGAUAUUGGUGAUUUCUUCCUCUCCUCCUUUCAUCCAUUUUUUUUUUCUUUUCCUUUCUUGUUCUCUCUUCGUCCAAACACAAAAAGAGACAGAAAACAUAGAUUAUUUAUACAUAAUACAUUGACUGGA